AUUUGGCUUCUUUCGCUCCUCCUGUAAGCGGCGCUGUAGGUUCGCUCCUGACGCCCCUUAACUUUUUCUUCCAAUAAAGUUUUGUUUGCGCGUGUGCCCAGCUUGCAGUGCGAAGAUGGCGGAGAGCUCCGAGAGGAUUCCGCCUCCACUGCCGGAUUUGGAGGACCUGGACGGGGACUCUGGGGACGGUGAUGAGAUCGACGACUUACAGGGAGAAGACAUCUUCAUCGGAAAUAGCACAAAUCUAGAGCCUCAGAGAGAAGAUCCUAUUUUUCCACCAAACAGUACAGUUUCUGUGGCAGCAACUAAUGCACCUGCGUCCAAAAAUCCCACAGAUUCCAUCAAAAAGACAAAUGGAAUACGCUCAGAUGAAGAUGAAGAGGAUUUGUUUUCAGAAGCCACCAUAGAGUUGUCCCUGGAUAGCUCUCGUGGUGACCAGAAGAAAGACGGUGGCAAUUCAUUUUCUGCACCCCGACCCACUACAAAGAGUACUAUGAAACUACAAGCUAGUACCCUUGAGGAGCUUGAAGAGGAAGAAGCAGAGGACAAAUUUGAACUAAAUAUUGCAGUCACCAAUCCUGAAAAAGUUGGGGAUGGCAUGAAUGCUUACAUGGUGUACAAAGUUGCAAUACAGACAAAUCUGCCAAUGUUUAAGUCUAAAACGUUUACAGUGAAAAGGCGGUUCAGUGAUUUUCUUGGCUUAUAUGAAAAACUUUCAGAAAAGCACUCUCAAAAUGGAUAUAUUAUACCUCCGCCUCCAGAGAAAAGUAUACUAGGUAUGACCAAAGUAAAAGUUGGUAAGGAAGAUUCCUCUUCUGUAGAGUUUGUAGAAAGAAGGCGUGCUGCACUAGAAAGAUACCUUCAGAGAGUCGUUAACCAUCCAUCAUUAUUACAAGAUCCUGAUGUCCGGGAUUUCCUAGAAAAAGAAGAGUUGCCUCGUGCUGUUGGAACUCAAACACUGAGUGGAGCAGGCUUUUUGAAGAUGAUAAACCGAGCCACUGAUGCAGUUAACAAGAUGACCAUAAAGAUGAAUGAAUCUGACAUUUGGUUUGAGGAGAAGCUGCAAGAGGUUGAAAGUGAAGAACAGCAGUUGAGGAAGCUGCAUGUUGUGGUGGAAACCCUUGUGAAUCACAGAAAAGAACUGUCCAGUAACACUGCCAUCUUUGCAAAGAGUGUGGCGAUGCUUGGCAGUGCAGAGGACAACACAGCACUAUCGCGGGCACUUUCACAGCUAGCAGAGUUAGAGGAUAAGAUUGAGCACCUCUAUCAAGAGCAGGCUGGGAAUGACUUCUUCAUACUUGGAGAGCUGCUAAGUGAUUAUAUACGGCUCUUGUCAGCAGUCAGGGGAAGUUUUGACCAGAGAAUGAAGACCUGGCAAAGAUGGCAGGAUGCCCAAAACAUAUUGCAAAAGAAAAGGGAAAAUGAAGCCAAACUACUAUGGGCCAACAAACCUGACAAACUGCAGCAGGCAAAGGAUGAGAUUGCAGAGUGGGACUCAAAAGUAUCACAGUACGAGAGAGACUUUGAAAGGAUUUCAGCCACUGUUCGUAAAGAAGUUCUUAGAUUUGAGAAAGAGAAGAACAAAGAUUUUAAGAGUCAGCUUGUGAAAUAUCUUGAAACACUUCUACACUUGCAGCAGCAGCUUAUAAAGUACUGGGAGGCUUUUAUACCAGAAGCUAAAGCAAUUGCAUAAGGAAACCAAGGAUCCAACAUUCAGCUCAAGUUCUGCCUUUUUGAACACUUUACCUCUCACUUUUUGAAGAAAAGACAAGCAACUCAUCCAUCUUACUGAGGAUUUAAAAAAAAAAAAAAGUGAAAAUGAUUACAACUUCUUGUCUUGUUACAUUAACAUUGUAUUUUUAUUUAACAGCCAUAUAUAUAUUCUAAUGAAGAUGUUUAUUAUACAAACCUUAAAAACUUUGGGUGGUGUGUAGGUGUUCUUGCCCUUUGAAAAUAGUAAAUGAAAGCCUUUAAUAUAGUAUCAUUAACCUGUUAGUAGUUUAACAGCACAAAUGGGCAUUUAACUGGGGUAACGAUAUUGGAAUAUUUUUACUUCUUGGUGCUCAUGUCUGUUUGCUAGUUUGGGAAAUCUUGGGCAACAUCUAGCAUUCUGAUAAUUAAUAUAGGUCAAGAUUAUAAUGGUUUCUUCAU